GAAAAUUUUCAAUAAUUUUAUUUUACCAAACGGUCCUAGAGUGGUUAAGAUUCUCCGGACUCUUGCAAGCGCAAUCCCGAAGCCAAAGGAAGGAACAAUAUCGCUCUGAUUCCUCGUUGGCUACAGAAAUCUCGGGGAUAUGCCGAUUGAUUUUCUUCAGUAUCGACGCUAUUUUGAUUGGCCGAACUGUUGAUUGUUGAAGCCACUCCCAUGGCUUUGCCUUCGCUUCUAACUCCUCCGCCGGUGCCGGUGGAGCUUUACGUCACCAAUAGAGAAAAGUUGCUCAAGUCCUUUCGCCAACACCUUGCGGACUCCGCUCAUCCUCUCCAAGGCAUUGUAUUGCUUCAGGGAGGCGAUGAGCGAACGCGCUACGAUACGGACCACCUCGAACUCUUCAGGCAAGAGAGUUAUUUUGCUUAUCUGUUUGGAGUCAUAGAGCCUGGAUUUUAUGGCGCUAUUGACAUCGCCAGUGGAAAGUCAAUUCUGUUCGCUCCGAAGCUACCUCCUGAUUAUGCUGUCUGGUCGGGAGAAAUAAAGCCUCUGUCAUAUUUCAAGGAAAAAUAUGAUGUCAGUAUGGCAUAUUAUACCGAUGAAAUUGCAGCUGUUUUGCACAAACAAUACCCGGAAAUGGAGAAACCAUUACUAUUCCUCUUACAUGGGUUGAACACCGAUAGCAACAAUUUCGCAGUACCAGCAAAUUUUGAGGGGAUCGAUACAUUUGUAACUGAUUUGAAUACCUUGCAUCCUGUUUUGACUGAAUGUCGUGUCUUGAAAUCGGAGCUGGAGCUUGCUCUCAUCCAAUUUGCCAACGAUAUUAGCUCAGAAGCUCAUGUUCAGGUCAUGAGAAACAUCAAGGUGGGCAUUAAAGAAUAUCAACUGGAAAGCUUAUUUCUUCACCACACUUACAUGUAUGGUGGAUGUAGGCACUGCUCGUACACCUGCAUAUGUGCCACUGGAGAGAAUAGUGCCGUUCUUCACUAUGGACAUGCUGCAGCUCCAAACGACAGAACGUUGGAAGAUGGUGAUAUGACUUUGUUUGAUAUGGGAGCAGAAUACCAGUUUUAUGGAUCUGACAUUACUUGUUCAUUCCCUGUGAAUGGUAAAUUUACAAGUGAUCAGUUGCUGAUAUAUAAUGCUGUCCUCAAGGCUCAUGAUGCUGUUAUAUCAGUUAUGAAACCUGGAAUAAACUGGGUUGAAAUGCACAAGUUAGCCGAGAAGACUAUUCUUGAGUCACUGACGGAGGGUUCUGUACUUGUGGGAGAUGUAAAAGACAUGAUGACUGAGCGUCUUGGGGCUGUUUUCAUGCCACAUGGUCUGGGGCAUUUCCUUGGUAUCGAUACUCAUGAUCCUGGGGGUUACUUGCAGGGUUUGGAGAGGCCGAAAGAACCAGGGCUAAAUGCUUUACGUACAGUUCGAGAUCUUGAAGAAGGAAUGGUCAUCACUGUGGAGCCCGGAUGCUACUUCAUUGAUGCAUUACUAGACUCAGCCCUGGAGAAUAGUAAAACCUCCAAGUUUUUCAACGUAGAAGCAUUGAACAGAUUUAGAGGCUUUGGCGGUGUUCGAAUUGAAAGUGAUUUGCUAGUCACUGCCAAUGGCUGCAGAAACAUGACCAAUUGUCCUCGAGAAACAUGGGAAAUAGAGGCAGUAAUGGCAGGAUCCCCAUGGCCGAUUGUUAAAAAAUCCAUAACGGAGUAGAUUAGUCGUCAGUCAUCUCGAUAAUUAAAGCGUGCUGUGCUGAAAAUGGCAAUCAAAUGGGGCUCGAGUUUCCUGUGCAGUAUUAGUCUACAUCAGGUGCACUUGAAUUAGUCGUUCUGCUUUUCUGUUCUAAUUUCUAAAAUAAACUCUGACCUGAAUUUGGCUCUAAAAUAAAUACUAUCUAUUAUCUCAAAUAAUAACUAUACAUGGAACCAAUUCUGGUUAUUUGACUCUAGAUUUUCACUAUUAAUUUAGUUUUAAUAGUAGAUCGCUUUAACUUUCCAUGAA